AUGCUUCUUCUCCAAGUGCGCGUUGUCCCGUGUGAGCGCGGCCACUCGCGCGCCGAGCUGCGCGGCGCUGCCCUCUGCGCCCUCGGCGCGCGCGCACAGCCCCGCGCUCUCCGCGCGCUGCUCCGCCUCCAGCCUGCGCCACCGCACCGCUCGUUACUACUGCGCUCUACCCCUGGGACCCCGACAUAUCGUCUCACACGUCUACACACUGCCCUCUGCGCCCUCGGCGCGCGCGCGCAGCCCCGCGCUCUCCGCGCGCUGCUCCGCCUCCAGCCUGCGCCACCGCACCGCUCGUUACUACUGCGCUCUACCCCUGGGACCCCGACAUAUCGUCUCACACGUCUACACACUGCCCUCUGCGCCCUCGGCGCGCGCGCGCAGCCCCGCGCUCUCCGCGCGCUGCUCCGCCUCCAGCCUGCGCCACCGCACCGCUCGUUACUACUGCGCUCUACCCCUGGGACCCCGACAUAUCGUCUCACACGUCUACACACUGCCCUCUGCGCCCUCGGCGCGCGCGCGCAGCCCCGCGCUCUCCGCGCGCUGCUCCGCCUCCAGCCUGCGCCACCGCACCGCUCGUUACUACUGCGCUCUACCCCUGGGACCCCGACAUAUCGUCUCACACGUCUACACACUGCCCUCUGCGCCCUCGGCGCGCGCGCGCAGCCCCGCGCUCUCCGCGCGCUGCUCCGCCUCCAGCCUGCGCCACCGCACCGCUCGUUACUACUGCGCUCUACCCCUGGGACCCCGACAUAUCGUCUCACACGUCUACACACUGCCCUCUGCGCCCUCGGCGCGCGCGCGCAGCCCCGCGCUCUCCGCGCGCUGCUCCGCCUCCAGCCUGCGCCACCGCACCGCUCGUUACUACUGCGCUCUACCCCUGGGACCCCGACAUAUCGUCUCACACGUCUACACACUGCCCUCUGCGCCCUCGGCGCGCGCGCGCAGCCCCGCGCUCUCCGCGCGCUGCUCCGCCUCCAGCCUGCGCCACCGCACCGCUCGUUACUACUGCGCUCUACCCCUGGGACCCCGACAUAUCGUCUCACACGUCUACACACUGCCCUCUGCGCCCUCGGCGCGCGCGCGCAGCCCCGCGCUCUCCGCGCGCUGCUCCGCCUCCAGCCUGCGCCACCGCACCGCUCGUUACUACUGCGCUCUACCCCUGGGACCCCGACAUAUCGUCUCACACGUCUACACACUGCCCUCUGCGCCCUCGGCGCGCGCGCGCAGCCCCGCGCUCUCCGCGCGCUGCUCCGCCUCCAGCCUGCGCCACCGCACCGCUCGUUACUACUGCGCUCUACCCCUGGGACCCCGACAUAUCGUCUCACACGUCUACACACUGCCCUCUGCGCCCUCGGCGCGCGCGCGCAGCCCCGCGCUCUCCGCGCGCUGCUCCGCCUCCAGCCUGCGCCACCGCACCGCUCGUUACUACUGCGCUCUACCCCUGGGACCCCGACAUAUCGUCUCACACGUCUACACACUGCCCUCUGCGCCCUCGGCGCGCGCGCGCAGCCCCGCGCUCUCCGCGCGCUGCUCCGCCUCCAGCCUGCGCCACCGCACCGCUCGUUACUACUGCGCUCUACCCCUGGGACCCCGACAUAUCGUCUCACACGUCUACACACUGCCCUCUGCGCCCUCGGCGCGCGCGCGCAGCCCCGCGCUCUCCGCGCGCUGCUCCGCCUCCAGCCUGCGCCACCGCACCGCUCGUUACUACUGCGCUCUACCCCUGGGACCCCGACAUAUCGUCUCACACGUCUACACACUGCCCUCUGCGCCCUCGGCGCGCGCGCGCAGCCCCGCGCUCUCCGCGCGCUGCUCCGCCUCCAGCCUGCGCCACCGCACCGCUCGUUACUACUGCGCUCUACCCCUGGGACCCCGACAUAUCGUCUCACACGUCUACACACUGCCCUCUGCGCCCUCGGCGCGCGCGCGCAGCCCCGCGCUCUCCGCGCGCUGCUCCGCCUCCAGCCUGCGCCACCGCACCGCUCGUUACUACUGCGCUCUACCCCUGGGACCCCGACAUAUCGUCUCACACGUCUACACACUGCCCUCUGCGCCCUCGGCGCGCGCGCGCAGCCCCGCGCUCUCCGCGCGCUGCUCCGCCUCCAGCCUGCGCCACCGCACCGCUCGUUACUACUGCGCUCUACCCCUGGGACCCCGACAUAUCGUCUCACACGUCUACACACUGCCCUCUGCGCCCUCGGCGCGCGCGCGCAGCCCCGCGCUCUCCGCGCGCUGCUCCGCCUCCAGCCUGCGCCACCGCACCGCUCGUUACUACUGCGCUCUACCCCUGGGACCCCGACAUAUCGUCUCACACGUCUACACACUGCCCUCUGCGCCCUCGGCGCGCGCGCGCAGCCCCGCGCUCUCCGCGCGCUGCUCCGCCUCCAGCCUGCGCCACCGCACCGCUCGUUACUACUGCGCUCUACCCCUGGGACCCCGACAUAUCGUCUCACACGUCUACACACUGCCCUCUGCGCCCUCGGCGCGCGCGCGCAGCCCCGCGCUCUCCGCGCGCUGCUCCGCCUCCAGCCUGCGCCACCGCACCGCUCGUUACUACUGCGCUCUACCCCUGGGACCCCGACAUAUCGUCUCACACGUCUACACACUGCCCUCUGCGCCCUCGGCGCGCGCGCGCAGCCCCGCGCUCUCCGCGCGCUGCUCCGCCUCCAGCCUGCGCCACCGCACCGCUCGUUACUACUGCGCUCUACCCCUGGGACCCCGACAUAUCGUCUCACACGUCUACACACUGCCCUCUGCGCCCUCGGCGCGCGCGCGCAGCCCCGCGCUCUCCGCGCGCUGCUCCGCCUCCAGCCUGCGCCACCGCACCGCUCGUUACUACUGCGCUCUACCCCUGGGACCCCGACAUAUCGUCUCACACGUCUACACACUGCCCUCUGCGCCCUCGGCGCGCGCGCGCAGCCCCGCGCUCUCCGCGCGCUGCUCCGCCUCCAGCCUGCGCCACCGCACCGCUCGUUACUACUGCGCUCUACCCCUGGGACCCCGACAUAUCGUCUCACACGUCUACACACUGCCCUCUGCGCCCUCGGCGCGCGCGCGCAGCCCCGCGCUCUCCGCGCGCUGCUCCGCCUCCAGCCUGCGCCACCGCACCGCUCGUUACUACUGCGCUCUACCCCUGGGACCCCGACAUAUCGUCUCACACGUCUACACACUGCCCUCUGCGCCCUCGGCGCGCGCGCGCAGCCCCGCGCUCUCCGCGCGCUGCUCCGCCUCCAGCCUGCGCCACCGCACCGCUCGUUACUACUGCGCUCUACCCCUGGGACCCCGACAUAUCGUCUCACACGUCUACACACUGCCCUCUGCGCCCUCGGCGCGCGCGCGCAGCCCCGCGCUCUCCGCGCGCUGCUCCGCCUCCAGCCUGCGCCACCGCACCGCUCGUUACUACUGCGCUCUACCCCUGGGACCCCGACAUAUCGUCUCACACGUCUACACACUGCCCUCUGCGCCCUCGGCGCGCGCGCGCAGCCCCGCGCUCUCCGCGCGCUGCUCCGCCUCCAGCCUGCGCCACCGCACCGCUCGUUACUACUGCGCUCUACCCCUGGGACCCCGACAUAUCGUCUCACACGUCUACACACUGCCCUCUGCGCCCUCGGCGCGCGCGCGCAGCCCCGCGCUCUCCGCGCGCUGCUCCGCCUCCAGCCUGCGCCACCGCACCGCUCGUUACUACUGCGCUCUACCCCUGGGACCCCGACAUAUCGUCUCACACGUCUACACACUGCCCUCUGCGCCCUCGGCGCGCGCGCGCAGCCCCGCGCUCUCCGCGCGCUGCUCCGCCUCCAGCCUGCGCCACCGCACCGCUCGUUACUACUGCGCUCUACCCCUGGGACCCCGACAUAUCGUCUCACACGUUUACAGAGGUUAAAAUACUGUUCUCAGUUGAAAUAUUCCCUCUCUUUUUGA